UCAUUACUAGCGAAUUUGCAACGAAGAAAAGGCGUGGGGCGAUGAUGUCAUUAGUAUUCGCAAUGCAAGGAUUCGGUAUUUUAUUCGCAGGGUUGAUUACGAUGCUUACUCUAAAGGUCUACGAAUCUCGUAUUAGAGAGGAUGUUCGUUAUCUCGACCAUGUUUGGAGAAUCGUCGUUGGAGUCGGCGCUAUUCCAGCCCUCGGGGUUCUCUAUUUCAGGGUAACGAACCCUGAAUCACCCCGUUUUACGAUGGAUGUGCUUGGGAAUAUUGAUAAAGGUGCCAAAAGUGUAGACAUCCUUAUCAACAACGGUAGUUAUACAAAGGAUGAUAAAUUUGAAGCGUUUUAUUUGGUUGGAACGCCAAAAGCUUCGUGGAAGGAUUUCCGAGUACCUGGUGAAGUGUUUCCAACCCGUUAUCGCUGUUUGGGCCACGGUAUAUCAGCUGCUAGUGGAAAAAUUGGUGCACUCCUAUCACAAGUAAUGGUCUUAUUACUUAAAGACAUUGGCGGAAAAAAUAUGUUCUUCGAUCGUCUAUUAGAAAUUUUCGCAUUGGUUUGCUUCAUUGGGUUUCUAUUUUCUUUUAUGAUUCCGGAAACGAAAUGCAAGUCUCUAGAAGAAAACUCAAAUGAGAUGCAAGAAGGCUUUAUAAAAACUUACAUUUAUCCAAAUUUAAAACAACCAAAUGUAAUUCCAUUAAACGAAAAGCAAAUCCGUCGCAAUAAUGAUAUAUCUUGA